UUUUGUCUGGUUGUAAGAAAAAAUGGUUGGUUUUUAUUCUCCACUCUCUCUCCUUUUCUUUUCCCCCCACUCUGAAUUUUGUGGAGGAGAGAGAACAAGAUUUCCCCCCUUCUUCCCACUUUUUUUUUUCUCCAAACAACUUUCUCUCUCCUCUUUUUUUAAUUUUAUUUCUGGGUUUGUUGGAAUUUCAUUUUUUUUUUGGAGUAUCUAAUUAAAUAUAAUUUGACGUAGAAUGAGAAUUGAAGAAGAAAUAGUAGAGAAGUAAUAAUAAUAGUAGUAGUACUAGAAGUAGUGAUGAUGAUGAUGAUGAUAAUGAUGUCAUCAUUUGAAUGGAGGUUUUGAUAAAACGAUGGCGUUUCGUGAUGUUGUUGUUGUUGUUGGUAAUAAUAAUGGUGAUGAUGAUGAUGAUGCAGCUGGAAUUUCUAUUUCUAGACCUUCUGCAGUAGCCGUUAACUCUGGAUCAUCUUCUCUUUUAGAUGAAGAUUCAAUGUGGCAAGUAAAUAUGAGAUCUACUGAAGCAAUGGACACUGGGAUCUAUCCACCUGGUCCAUAUCCUGAGCGUGAAGGGGAAGCGGAUUGUUCCUUUUAUCUCAGAACAGGACUUUGUAGAUUUGGUUCGACAUGCCGUUUUAAUCAUCCUCCUAACAGGAAGCUAGCUCUCGCCACCGCAAGAAUGAAAGGGGAGUUUCCAGAAAGGACCGGUCAACCUGAAUGCCAGUACUACUUGAAAACUGGAACCUGCAAAUUUGGAGCAACAUGCAAGUUUAAUCAUCCUAAAGACAAAGCUGGGAUCGCUGGAAGAGUUCCUCUAAAUGUUUUAGGCUAUCCACUUCGCCCGAAUGAGCCUGAGUGUGCAUACUAUUUAAGAACAGGACAAUGUAAAUUUGGGAGCACUUGUAAGUUUCACCACCCUCAACCAUCUGCUUCUUUCCGUGGUUCUUCAGUGUAUCCUCCUGUCCAGUCUCCAACAACUCCUGGACAGCAGUCAUAUCCAGGAGGGGGAUUAACAAAUUGGCCUUUGUCAAGAGCCUCAAUUAUACCUAGUCCACGCUGGCAAGGCCCUUCAAGUUACACACCUAUGAUUCUUCCACAAGGAGUGGUCUCCGUUCCGGGAUGGAAUGCCUAUAUGAUGGGAUCUGACGGUCAGCAGCAGACACCAGGAAACAGUCCAGGUUAUGGAACUGCACGGCAGAGUGAAUCUCCAGUUUCUGCUUCUCAGGGAGCAUAUUCUUCAUAUCGCUCUGGCUCUGUCCCUGUGGGUUAUUACGCGCUGCAGAGAGACAAUGUUUUCCCCGAGAGACCUGGACAACCUGAAUGUCAAUAUUACAUGAAGACUGGUGAUUGUAAGUUUGGCGCAGUUUGUCGAUUCCAUCAUCCCAGAGAAAGACUAAUUCCAGCUCCUGACUGUCUCUUGAGUGCUUUGGGCUUGCCAUUGCGUCCGGGUGAACCAUUAUGCAUAUUUUAUUCACGAUAUGGUAUUUGCAAAUUUGGUCCGAACUGCAAGUUCGACCAUCCAAUGGGAAUUUUCGCAUACAAUGUAUCUCCUACAGCGACUGAUGCCUCCGCUAUGCGGCGUUAUUUAGGAUCAUCUUCAGCAUCUGGUGGCUUAACAUUGACGUCAGAAGGGCUGGUUGAGUCAGGUCCAGGAAAGAAUCGAAGGCUUACUUUGUCAGAAACGAGGGACAUCCAAUCCAGUGACGAUAACAUUGAGACUGAUAGAUAAAACUUCCUUCUAAUAGAAGAAGUUUUGUGGGUUUUCUCCCUUUUUGCAAUCUUUUGCAGCAUAAAGAGGAGCUUACCUGUAUAUUCAUUUCCCAAUUGCUGAAGAUGUACAGUCUCCCCUUCAUGUUUAAGUUCAUCACAUAACUAUUUACUACUAUAUAUUCACUGAAAAAAAUGGAUGUAUUACAUUUACAGCCGAGAGUUUUGACGGCGCCUCUCUUAAUUUACUUCCCUCAUGUGCUGUAUAAAUCUGAAAUUAUUGUCACAUUUUGGUGAAACCAAUGUGAACAAUUUGAUCAGUUUCUCUGUUAUGAAAAACCUUACAUUUUUCAGUGUA